AUGUUAAGACUACACAGAGAGGAUCCGCAGUUUUUCAACAAAGUGUUAUGGUCGGAUGAAUCAAAUUUUAGAAGAAUGGGAAUUUUUAACAUUCAUAACUUACACUACUACUCCAGAGUGAACCCACAUAUCAUCAGAAAUGAUCGAUUCCAGCAUCAGUUUGGUAUAAACAUGUGGGCUGGUAUCAUUGAUCAGAAGCUGGUGCUACACGAAAUGCCACCAAGGUUGAACGGUGCAGCGUAUUUAAAUUUUUUACAAAAUAAUUUGAACCCGAUACUCGACGAAGCUGAAGUUCCGGAAGAAAUAAGAGAAGAGAUGUGGCUGCAACAGGACGGCGCCCCGCCUCAUUACGCUCGAGCAGUUCGACAACACCUGAAUGACCGCUUCCCCGACCGGUGGAUUGGUCGAGGCGGAGCUAUUGCAUGGCCACCCCGGUCGCCCGACCUUAAUCCGUUAGACUUUUUUAUUUGGGGCUAUUUCAAGGAAGUGGUAUACCAAAGAGAGAACAACACUGAACAAGAAUUACGACAAAAGCUCGAGUCUGCAAAAGUACAAAUUAUGAAUAACAGAGGUGCCUUCCGCCGAUUAGGGCUUGUACACGCUAAGAAAAAACGCCGGGCAUACCUAAGAAUUCGUGUCGUAACUAGAAAAUAA